ACUAUUUCGAGUGGAUCUAUAACACGCUCUUGAGCUUUUACCAUAAAUCUCGGUGGUGAUAAAUUUAUAAUCAUUCUAGAAUCAUUAUCGAGUCUUUCACUCGUGACUCUUUCAAUUUCCAUGUCUCUCACAAACGCAACCCCAGCAGAAGCUGCAAGCGGGGCAAAGACUGCGUCUCACAUUCUGGCUACACUUCCAACGUCCUCGAGAAAUGUAGCUUUGACUGCUAUUCACGAUGCACUCCUACAGAAUAAAGAAAAUAUACUAGCCGCUAAUGCCCGGGAUCUCGAAUUGGCUAAAAGGGAAGCCGAGAGUGGUCGCUUGAGCUUAAGUAUAGUGUCGAGAUUGGAUUUGGGGAAGAAAGGAAAAUAUGAAGAUAUGUUGAAGGGAAUUUUGGAUGUCAGAGAUCUUGACGACCCUGGUAUUUUGCUUUGUUCCCUAUGAAAAUAAACUUCUGCUGAUCGCUCAACACAGUUGGAAAAGUCACACUACGAACACGACUUGACGAUGGUCUGGACCUUGAGAGAGUGUCAUGUCCGAUUGGAGUACUUCUGAUCAUUUUUGAAGCACGUCCUGAAGUGAUUGCCAACAUCGCGUCGUUAGCAAUAAAGUCCGGGAAUGCUGCUAUCUUAAAAGGUAGGACAAAAUAUUAUUUUAAUUAUUCACAUGAGAGCUAAUACUUUGCAGGUGGCAAAGAAUCUACCGAAUCUUUCAUUGCUAUCUCCACGGUGAUAUCAGUGGCCUUGCAGUCAACUGAAGUUCCAGCAGCUGCUAUACAAUUAGUCACAACCAGGGACGUAAUCCCUCAAUUAUUGGCAUUGGACCAAUAUAUUGAUCUUGUAAUCCCAAGAGGUUCAAAUGAAUUGGUCAGAUACAUCAAGGAAAAUACUAAAAUUCCAGUCAUGGGUCACGCAGAUGGCCUCUGCUCGAUAUAUCUUGAGAAUACUGCUGACCCGGCAAUGGCAAUAAGAGUCAUCGUUGACUCGAAAACUUCAUAUCCAGCAGCAUGCAACAGCGUGGAGACUUUGUUAGUCGAGCAAGCUGCUCUAGAGACAGUUCUACCACAAGCUGCGGAAGCACUUCUAGAGAAGGGUGUCUCGUUAAGAUGUGAUGUUUCUAGCAAAGCAGCUCUCUCGUCAAAACUUCCUUCUCACCAAGCAGUUUUCCUUCAGGAUGCAGUGGACAGUGAUUUUGAUACGGAACACCUAUCACUUACUCUUGCCAUCAAAACCGUUUCUAAUCUCAACGAGGCCAUCUCACAUAUCAAUAUCCAUGGUUCCCACCACACUGAUGUAAUUCUCACCUCAUCCUCUGAACUUGCUGAGCGAUUUAUGGCUAGUGUGGACUCGGCAGGUGUUUUCUGGAACACUUCCAGUCGUAUGGCUGAUGGAAUGCGGUUCGGAUUCGGUACUGAAGUAGGAAUAUCAACAAACAAGAUCCAUGCACGAGGACCAGUUGGUUUGGAAGGUCUCAUGAUCUAUAAAUACAAAAUUCGCGGUAAUGGCCAGAUGUCUGUUGAAUAUGGAGAGGGAGAGGGGCAAAAAAGAUUUAAGCAUGAAAAUCUCUCGAUAUAAAUUACUUGUCGCGUUAGCAAAAGCACCCAUUCGAUGACAAGCGUACCGGCCACAUGUAGGUAUGAUCCGCCAAACGUGUGAUAGCGUGCGUCUUUCUUUUCGCCCCUUCAAACCUCCAAGAAAUUGGUCCAAACAUCAUUUCUCCACUUAUUCUGUCACGGUAUCGACUCCAUUUCUUGGCAUGCCUGUCGGUACUUCCUCCCCAAACUUACCGUCCCUUGGCUUUCUUUCUAAUAAAUCAUUACCAUCCAUAGGAUCUCCUCCUAAGCUUAUGCAAGCUUAGUUUAAAGCUUUUCAAGUGGUUUACCACGUUUCCUGAUGGAUAUUUUCUCGCUUCCCAAAUGCAUGCUCGAUAGGUUAACUUAAAACCAACGACCCCUGAAGCCCCUUGACACAAACCAGGUAACAAACUCAUGUAGCCAAUGACAUUCAACCUUGGAAUGAUAUUUUGACAUUUUUAAUACCUUUUACUU